AUGAAGAAGUCAUCCCUGCGAAAAAACACUCUCCAUCACAAGUCGCUGCUGCGGCGGAGAAGCAAUAUUCUCGGAUCGGCCAGGUUAAUAAAACUGUUCGAUGAGCAGUACGACCCCGAAACGCAAGUGAAUCAAGUGCCGUUGAGGAUCGAACGCCUCGAUGAACUGUGGCGAAAUUUCGAAAGUGUUCAGGACGAAAUUGAAGUGAUAGAAAAUGAGCAAGAAGAUUUCGCGGAGUCGCGUCAAGAGUUCCAUGAUUUGUAUUUCGCGUUGAAGGCUUCUCUCACAACUAAACUCCCUCGUAACAAUCCGAUGCCGGUUAAUCAAGAACCCCGAAUCGUUCAGCACGUCGCGCCGCCGCCGGUUCAACAAAUCAUGUCGGUCAAACUUCCGGAGUUGAAGAUGCCGGAAUUCGACGGCCAACCGGAGCAAUGGAUCGAGUUUCGCGAUUUGUUCAAAUCCGUAAUCCACUCAAAUGUGCAACUGUCGGCUGUGCAAAAACUGCACUAUUUGCGCAGUAGUUUGAAGGGUGACGCGUCUCGUCUUAUCGCUUCCAUUGCGAUUACCGCGGACAAUUACGCUAUCGCAUGGAAAACUAUUUGUGACCGGUACGAAAACACAAACUAUCUCGUGAAGCAACAUAUGUCUGCUCUUUUCCGCGUUCCGUCAGUGCGAAAGGGUACUUCUUCAGCCUUGUCCGAAUUAGCGGACGAGUUCAACCGCCAUGUCGGAAUUCUCGACAAGCUCGAGAAUAUAGAUGCCCACUGGAAUUCUUUCCUGGUGGAGCGCCUAAGCAGCCUACUUGACGAGAAGUCUCUCAUCGAGUGGGAAACUCAGUGUAGUGAAGAAGAAUCGCCUCAGUAUACGGAUUUGCUUGAGUUCAUCCGAAAGAGAUCGCGUACUCUACAAAAGUGCUCCACGUCGUGUAACUCUUCUUCGACUGUGCAAGUGAAGCCCACAAAAGCCAAAUCAACCUCCUCUCACGUGGUUUCUGAGAACGUUGUGAAAUGUCCGAGCUGCAAACAAGCUCACGCGUUGGUUCAGUGUGAUGCGUUCAUCAAGUUGAACCCGAACAAUCGACUCGACUUUGCCAAAAAACAUCGUUUGUGCAUAAAUUGUUUGAGAGGUGGCCAUAUGGCUAAGGACUGCCGAAGUAGUUUGUGUAGAACGUGUGGAAAGAAGCAUCACAGUAUGCUACAUCUACCAACACCGGUGUCGAAUUCGGCGGUUAUCACUCCACCGAACGAAGAGCAAAUGCCGAACACUAGCGUGUACAGCUAUCUGUUCUACAGCAACCACUACAUCUCAACCGCGCCGGUCUCGCGAAACGAUUCGUCGCUUCACGCCGCGAUCGACCAACCCCCCUCUCCAUCGCCGGUUGUUUCGCUCGAUCGCAACGAAUCUGAACCAACCCCAUACUGCGCCCAGCCUCCACAGCCUCUACCACCCGCCACAUCGUUGACCCAAGCAAACAAUACUUUUGAAAGCAUUGUGUUCCUAUCGACGGCUGUUGUUCGAGUUCGAGAUGUGAAUAACGUGUACCACUAUGCACGGGCUCUAUUGGACAGUGGUUCCCAAUCGAACUUUGUUUCUGAAUCACUGUGCCAGAAAUUAGAUCUCAAGCGUAUACGAAUCAGCCUUCCUGUUAGCGGUAUCGGGCAAGCCACCGUAAACGUACACUACAAGGUGAAUAUCGCGCUCGCGUCACGGUUCGGCGGUUUCGAACAAGAAAUAGACUGUUUGGUCCUACCGAAACUCACCGUGAGUCUUCCUAGUCGAAGUGUAGACAUUUCUCGCUGGACCAUUCCGCGUAACUUGCCGUUAGCUGAUCCGAGGUUCAACAUUUCCCACGGAGUGGAUCUCAUUGUUGGAGCGGAACUGUUUUUCGCUCUUCUCGAAUCCCAAAGGCUAACCCUCGCUGAUGGAUUUCCCAUUUUGCAGAAAACUGUAUUAUGGUAUGUGGUGUCUGGCACAUCCCCCGCAGAGGCGCAGAAGACGGUAGUGUGCCACGUUGCUACCGAACAAGAUCUAAACGCCCAGCUGGAACGGAUGUGGGAAGUCGACGAUUUCGACGUCGGACGAGCGCUAACGCAGGAAGAGCAACAUGUAGAAGACCACUUCAUGCGCACUGUAUCCCGUGACGACACAGGACGCUAUGUUGUACGCCUACCGCUUAGAGAAUCCAGCAUCCCAUUCCUUGGAGAUUCCUACAAGGCUGCAGCCAAUAGAUUUUCGAUGAUGGAAAAGCGUUUUGCCAAGGACGACGAGCUGCGUGUGGAAUAUACGCAGUUUAUGGAGGAAUAUCUUAGGCUGGGCCAUAUGGAGGAGUGUUCCCGCGUCGAUGGUCCCCAGUUUUACCUCCCGCACCACGCUGUACGUCGGCCAGAAAGCACGACCACAAAAACCAGAGUCGUCUUUGACGCGAGCAGCAAAUCCCAUGGCCAAUUGUCGCUGAACGAUGUCCUUUUCACCGGCCCAACGGUACAGCCAACUUUGCUCGCCGUGGUUGUUAAUUUCCGGCUUCCCAGGUACGUAUUCUCCGCGGACGCCGAGAAAAUGUUUCGGCAAGUGUGGGUCCACCCGGACGAUCGAAGAUUCCAAUCUGUCGUUUGGCGUUCGGAUCCGUCUCAACCGUUGAAGCACUACCACCUGAAAACGGUGACCUACGGAUUGGCCAGCUCACCGUACCAAGCUGCCCGCGUCCUUAAUAAGCUCGCCGAAGAUGAUGGAGACCAAUAUCCCCUGGCUGCACCAGUUGUUACAAAGCGCUUCUACGUGGAUGAUGCCUUUGCUGGAGGUGACAUCUUAGAGGAGGUUGCGGAGACAUGUCAGCAGUUACAAGAACUUCUCGCCAGAGGGGGUUUCACCCUUCGUAAGUGGUCUGCCAACGACCCUACCGUGCUACGUCACAUACCCAGUGAACUGCAUGGAGCAACCAGUCCAACGGAAAUCGGACGUAGUAUGGCCACAAAGGCACUGGGAUUACAGUGGAACCCAAUCACGGAUAAGCUCAGUUUCCAAGUUCCCGACCUGGAAAAUCUAGACAUCGUCACCAAACGAGCCGUGGUAUCCGAAAUGUCAAGGCUCUUUGACCCCUUAGGCCUACUGGGACCGGUCGUCAUCAGCGCAAGGAUGUUCGUCCAAGGAUUGUGGGCAAAGCGGCUCACUUGGGAUGAAGAAUUGUGCGAAGAAGAAAGUCUCUGGUGGCAAUUGUUCAGGGAAGAUCUGGCGCAACUGAAGAAAAUUGCCGUUCCGCGGCACGUCAUGUCCAACUAUCACCGGGAAUAUCAGUUGCAUUGCUUUUGCGAUGCGUCAUCGAAGGGCUACGGAUGCUGUGUGUAUGUAGUUGGACCCAAUAUGGAUGGCGAAAUAGAAAGCAAGCUUCUGAUUGCGAAAUCCCGAGUUGCUCCUCUUCGUGGCUUGUCCAUACCCCGGUUGGAACUUUGUGCGGCUGUCCUUGGCAGUCAAUUGGUCCACAACCUGCGAACAACAACAGAUUUCGACGGAUCAGCAGUGUUUUGGUCGGACAGCACUGUCGUAUUGCACUGGAUACAGUCGCCACCGAGUGACUGGAAAGUGUUCGUUUCUAAUCGUGUUGCGGAGGUGCAACGUCUUGCUCGUGAGCUUCCCUGGAACUACGUCCCAUCCGAGCUUAAUCCUGCGGAUCGCAUAUCGCGCGGGACAAAUCCGAGUCAAAUUAUCGACGACUCACUUUGGUGGCAUGGGCCACCUUUUCUAAGGCAGGAGGCUGAAUCUUGGCCGGAUUUCCCAUCAAAACCCACGACAACUCAAGACACCGAGCUGGAGAAACGUGUCGUCGUAGCGCUAGUUACCAACCCAAUCGACGAUUCUAUUUUCGAGCGGUAUUCAGACCUGGGGAAGCUGUUGAGGACGGUGGCAAUGUGUAUCCGAUUUGGUUCUAACUGUCGACGGCCGAAAGCAGAAAGAGUGUACGGCAAUCUCACUCCACCGGAAAUCGACGGAGCAUUGAAAGCCAUGGUACGUCUCGCUCAGGUAAGCAGUUUUUCUAAGGAAAUCCAUCUUCUCAAACGAUCUAAACUUGAUUUCGAAGCCAAAUCUCCUCUAAGAAACCUGAACGUUUUCCUCGAUCAGUUCGACCUUCUGCGCUUGGAUGGUCUAUUGAAAAAUUCUCCUGGCCCAUACGAUUCGAAAUUCCCAUUGAUUCUACCAGCAAAUCACCGGAUUAGCUUCCUGAUAGCGCGCUCUCUCCACGUAAGGACGGCCCAUGCAGGACCUUCAUUGCUACUUGCGACUAUGCGCCAAAGGUUUUGGCCGGUGCGUGGGCGUGAAUUAGUUCGGAGAGUGGUCCGAAAGUGCAUUACUUGUUUCCGCUGCCGCCCUACGGAUUACCACCAACAAAUGGCUCCACUACCAGCGGCCAGAGUCGCUCCAUCCAGAGUAUUCUCCAAAGCCGGGCUGGACUACUGCGGGCCAUUUAGCGUUCGUCCUUUGUAUGGGAGGGGGGCCAACGUUAAGAUGUACGUCGCGAUUUUCGUCUGCCUGGCGGUAAAAGCGGUGCAUUUCGAAAUCGUUCCGAGUCUCACGUCCGCCGCGUGCAUUAAUGCAAUCAAACGGUUUGUAGCUCGACGCGGUCGGUUGAUUGAGCUACAUUGCGAUAACGCCACAGCCUUCGUCGGGGCUGAUCGCGAGUUGAAAUCGUUGCGUCGUCAAUAUCUCGAGCAGUUCAAGACGGACGAGUGGAAGGACUAUUGCCUUGAUGCCGGAAUAUCCUUCCGCUUUAUUCCUGCUCGCUCUCCACAUUUUGGGGGGCUGUGGGAGGCCGGAGUAAAGUCGUUCAAAUACCACUUUCACCGAAUUUUCGCUGCCAAUUCCUACACUUUGGACGAGUUUACUACAGCAGCGACCCACAUUGAGAGCAUUCUGAACUCCCGGCCUCUCACACCCCUCACUGACCAUCCCGAUGACCUCACCGUGCUUACGCCUGGCCACUUUUUGGUCGGGGAACCGAUGUUCUCCAUCCCAGAGCCGGACAUGACGAAGGAUCCCGUGUCGCGACUCUCUAGAUUCCAGGAACUACGCCGCUCUGUCCAAAACUUCUGGAAACUUUGGUCCAGAGAUUACGUCACACAGCUACAUCAGCGAUCGAAAUGGAGGACUCCCUCGCCGAAUAUCCAGAAGGGAGAUUUGGUCCUUCUGAAGCAGGAGGGGCUUCCGCCGUUCAUGUGGAACAUUGGACGGGUCGACGAAACAUACACAGGUCCUGACGGUUUGGUGCGUGUAGUUCUUGUGCGCACGAACCGUGGAACGUAUAAACGGGCAGUAACCGAGGUUCGAGUAUUGCCAAUUGACGAUCCUGAUGACCAACUACAUUCUACGAACUAG